UGGUGUUCAGUGUAGGGCUCCGCUUGGUGACAGCAGCACGCCUCCAUCUCCACCAUGACCACCCCGCAGAGCGACCUGGACAAGAGGAAGCAGAUCUCCGUGAGGGGCAUCGCGCAAGUGGAGAAUGUGGCAAACGUGAAGAAAACGUUCAACCGCCACCUCCACUACACCCUGGUGAAGGACAGGAACGUGGCCACCCCCAGGGACUACUACUUCACCCUUGCCCACACCGUCAGGGACCACCUCACCUCGCGAUGGAUCAGGACGCAGCAGCACUACUACGAGAAGGACCCCAAGCGUGUGUACUACCUCUCGCUGGAGUACUACAUGGGUCGCUCCCUCACCAACACCAUGAUCAACCUGGGCAUCCAGUCCGCCUGCGACGAGGCUCUCUACCAGCUGGGCCUGGACAUCGAGGAGCUGGAGGCCCUGGAGGAGGAUGCUGGCCUGGGCAAUGGUGGCCUGGGGCGCCUCGCUGCCUGCUUCCUCGACUCCAUGGCCACCCUGGGCAUGGCGGCGUACGGCUAUGGCAUCCGAUAUGAGUACGGCAUUUUCGCCCAGAAGAUUAAGAAUGGAGAGCAGGUUGAGGAGCCCGAUGAGUGGCUUCGCUUUGGCAACCCCUGGGAGAAGGCUCGGCCAGAGUACAUGAUCCCCGUCAACUUCUACGGCCGAGUGGAGGACACACCACAGGGCAAGAAGUGGGUGGACACACAGAUCGUGUUUGCCAUGCCCUACGACAACCCCAUCCCUGGCUACAAGAACAAUGUGGUCAACACAAUGCGUCUCUGGUCAGCCAAGUCCACCAACAGCUUUGACCUCAAGUUCUUCAAUGACGGCGACUACAUCCAGGCCGUGCUGGACCGCAACUUUGCCGAGAACAUUUCCCGCGUGCUGUACCCCAACGACAACUUCUUUGAGGGCAAGGAGCUGCGCCUCAAGCAGGAGUACUUCAUGGUGGCCGCCACACUGCAGGACAUCAUCAGGCGCUUCAAGGCAUCCAAGUUUGGCUCCAAGGAUGCCGUCCGCACCUCCUUCGACACUUUCCCGGACAAGGUCGCCAUCCAGCUGAACGACACUCACCCCUCCCUGGCCAUUCCCGAGCUCAUGCGCAUCUUCGUCGACAUCGAGGGGCUGACCUGGGCACGCGCCUGGGACAUCUGCGUCAAGGCGUGCGCGUACACCAACCACACGGUGCUGCCCGAGGCCCUGGAGCGCUGGCCCACUAGCAUGCUGGAGCACAUCCUUCCUCGCCACCUCCAGAUCAUUUACGAGAUCAACCACCACCACCUCCAGGAAGUGUCCAAGAGAUGGCCCGGGGACAUGGACCGCCUUGCCCGCAUGUCCCUGGUGGAGGAGCACGGGGAGAAGAGGAUCAACAUGGCCCACCUCUGCAUCGUCGGCUCCCAUGCCGUCAAUGGAGUGGCCGCUAUCCACUCCGAGAUUAUCAAGCGAGACAUCUUUAAGGACUUCCAUGACAUGUUCCCCGAGCGUUUCCAGAACAAGACCAACGGCAUCACUCCGCGCCGCUGGCUGCUGCUGUGCAACCCCACGCUGGCCGACGCCGUGGCGGAGAAGAUCGGCGAGGAAUGGGUGGUGCACCUUGACCAGCUGACCAAACUCAAGCCCCUGGUGAGUGACAGUGGGUUUAUCCGCACCAUCCAGGUAGCCAAGCAGGAGAACAAGAUGCGCCUGGCCAAGCAGCUGGAGCAGGAGUACGGCGUCAAGGUCAACCCUUCGUCCAUGUUUGACAUCCAGGUGAAGCGCAUCCACGAGUACAAGCGCCAGCUGCUCAACUGCCUGCACAUCAUCACCCUCUACAACCGCAUCAAGGCCAACCCUGGCGGCAGCUUUGUCCCGCGCACCGUCAUGAUCGGCGGCAAGGCGGCUCCAGGCUACCACACCGCCAAGCAGAUCAUCCGCCUCAUCUGCUCUGUGGCCCGCGUGGUCAACAACGACCCCAUCAUUGGCGACCGUCUCAAGGUGAUCUACCUGGAGAACUACCGCGUCACCCUGGCAGAGCAGAUCAUCCCCGCGGCGGAUCUGUCCCAGCAGAUCUCCACGGCCGGCACUGAGGCCUCUGGCACUGGCAACAUGAAGUUCAUGUUGAACGGCGCUCUGACCAUCGGCACACUGGACGGCGCCAACAUUGAGAUGAUGGAGGAGAUGGGCAAGGAAAACAUCUUCAUCUUCGGCAUGACCGUGGAGGAGGUGGAGCAGCUCAAGGCACGUGGCUACAAUGCCCGUGAGUACUAUGACAAGCUGCCGGAGCUGAGGCAGUGCAUCGACCAGAUCGACAGCGGCUUCUUCUCCCCAAACAACCCCGACCAGUUCAAGGACCUGGUCAACAUCGUCAUGAACCACGACCGCUUCUUCCUCUUCGCCGACUACGAGUCCUACAUCAAGUGCCAGGAUGAGGUCAACAAGCUCUACCAGAAACCAAACGAGUGGGCCAAGAAGGCGCUACUCAACAUUGCCUCCUCCGGCAAGUUCUCCAGCGACCGCACCAUCGCCGAGUAUGGCCGACAGAUCUGGGGUGUGGAGCCUUCCUGGGAGAAGCUGCCAGCACCCCAUGAGCCCAGGGACACUGAAGACGCCAAGUAGAGGGUGUGUGUGGAGGCCUGUGGGGUGAGCGGGGGCGGUGGGAAGGGUAGUCUGGGGUGGGUGGAGGGAAGGAGGGAGCUCUGCAGGACCCAGGCUUGUAGAUAGACGGCAGUGUUGGCAUUUUUGUGGAGUCUGACGUGAGUGUGGAAUUUGGGCGUUUUUAGUGAUGUUUAAAUGUGACACGUGGAAGGGAUGUUCAACUCUACACAUCUUUUAUCUGGGUAUCAUAUUGUAGAAGGCAUUACUAGGCAGUUGCUUUCGUCCCGUGGGAAGGAUUCAAUACACCUCUUAACAUGAAGCAUCCUUCACUGCUCUUUGAAUUUGUGGCUACUACUACUGUGUACUAUUUAAAGGUGUUGCUUGUAGAAAGUUCCUCAAUCGUUACUCCCGAGGCGGAGGCCCCGGCGGCUGCCUCGCUAGUCACUGAUGGGGCCGGCCGCCGCGCCCCCGCCGGCGGCUCCUCGGCGUCCUUUGUUCCUGUGCCAACGUCAGCGUGUCGCGCGGCACCGCUCCCUCGCUCGCCAGGUUGUAAUCUCGUGUAGGGAGAGGUAGAAAAUUCACAGUAAAUUCUGUUAUGUAUGUGUUUAGAGAAACUAUACUUUAUUUUCAACAAGAUCAAAAGGUAACUAAAUAUAAUCAGUGAAGAUGUCACAUUGUAAAUUUUGAUCAUUGAUCUUUGUCCACUGGAAUAAUUGUUGAAGAAAUAUAAAAAUGUUUUUAUAUUUUAUUUCUGCACUGCAGAAUAAUAAUGUUACAUAUUUA